AUGUACCAUAAUCAACCAAAUCAAGUUUACGUCUUUGUUCCUUAUUAUAUUCCUUAUUAAGUUCCACCUGUUCCUAAAUUUGAUGUGACUAAAGAGGAAUAACAUUCUGAUUCUGAAAAAGAACAAACGAAAGUUAUGCAAGAAGAAAUCCAUACUAAUGCAAGUGGAAUUGUUAGAGGUAAAGGCUAAUUGUGGACAGAAGAAGAAAUCAAUAAUCUAGUCUCAUUUUAUAAAAAAUAUAAUGGUAAUUGGAAAUACAUUAUCAAACAUCUCAAAGGAAGAAAUAUUUCACAAUGUUCUUAAAAAUAUAGAAAACUUAUUGAUCAAUAAAAAAGAACUAAAAAGAAAUGGUCAGCUGAAGAAGAUCGAAUUCUUUUAGAAUCUUAUGCAGAAUUUGGAAGAGAAUGGAUUAAGAUAAGUCAAAGUAUUCAGUUUUAUUAUACUUUAUUAGAAUUACCAGGUCGUACUUCUAAACAAGUGAGAGACAGAUACGUCAAUUAAAUCGAUCCAAACAUCAAUCAUCAACAAUGGACUGAUCAAGAAGAUGAAAAAAUCCUUGAGGAAUUCAAAAAGGGAGGAGCCAGAUGGGCGAUUAUUUCCAAAAUGCUUAAUAAUAGAUCAGUAUAAUAUUGUAUAUAGUUUAGGAAAAUCAGGUGAAAAAUCGAUUUUAUUUUACAAUCUUAAAAAAGUAUCAAGGACAAUAGCAUCCAUAUCUAAAAAUUCAAUAGUGAUCUUAUUUUUUUUAGUUUUCAUAAUCUACG